UAGCUUCUGCACCUCGAGAGUGUAUUCUUCUUGGUAACUAACUGCAGUACUGCACUUUCAGUACUGUUUUAAAGCCAAUGACGAGUGGUAACGAUUCAAAGCUGCGAAAGGGUGCAUGGGGCUCAGACGAAGAUACUCUUCUCACAAAAUGCAUGCACAAGUAUGGCGAAGGAAAGUGGAGCCUUGUUCCUCGGAGAGCAGGGUUGAAUCGGUGCAGAAAAAGUUGCAGACUAAGGUGGCUAAACUAUCUGAGGCCAACCAUCAAGAGAGGUGAGUUUGGGGCAGACGAGGUGGAUCUUAUGAUGCGGCUUCACAAGCUAUUGGGAAACAGAUGGUCACUAAUUGCUGGAAGACUGCCGGGAAGAACAGCUAAUGACGUUAAGAACUUCUGGAAUACCAACCUUCAAAAAAAGCUUAUGACUGCUAGCUACCAAAAAGAGCUUAUUAAUGGAAAACAAUCUAUUAAUACUGCUACAACUAGUAUUGUUUCUGCUGCUGUUAUAAAGCCUAUUCCGCAGACCUUAAAUAGAGGCAGAAAAUCAUCCAGCUAUGGCAUCAAUCCCAGUAAUCAGUUGAAGAACAAUCCUUCACCUGAAAAUAUAAAAAAUAACAACAUUAGCACAGGUGACCAAAAUAGUAAUAUUCUUGUCAACAAGCAACCAAUACCACCAACAGAGACACCGGAUCAUGAUGGCAUCGAGUGGUGGAAGAAUCUUCUUGCGGAAAUAGAUAUUCCAGGUCAUGAAGAAAAAUUAUCGGAGGGAUUACUAUUGGUGUCCUCAAGUGGCGUCCACAAUCUGGAUGCUGAAAGAGAAACAACUGGGAAGAUGAGUGACCAAACAUCCUCUCCUACAGUAGAAGCAACUGGUUUCCUAGAAGAUGGCAAGGAUAGCUGGUGUGAUAUUUUGAAUCUUCUAAAUUCCGAUCAUAAUUAAUGAAGUUUAAUUCUAUGCGAGCAAUCAAGCAUGUAUAAUUAAGCCCGUGUAAAAUAAGCAAGUGUUGAAUAUGUUAUUAAUAUUAAGUGUAGCUAUUGAUAUAAGUUCAAUCUGUUGGAUAAUGAACACAAAAGAUAGUAAUUAAACUCGGGGAUUUGUUAUUUGCUCACACCGAAAACAGAACAGAUAUGCCU